GACUCCACCUGUAAACCCCGCCCCCUCCGUCUGUCUCAUAUUCCGAAAGGACAUUUGCAGGUAAAACUUCCAGGAAGAAGAAGAAGAAGCAGCUGCCUCCUCCCUCCCGAAUAAUCCAUCGGAAGACGUCGCGUCAUGGAGGACGAGGUGGAAGGGGAGAGCAGAAGUUGGCUGAAGUUCCCAGCAAGGUUCCGCAAGAACGUCAGGCCGCAGGAACGCGAAACGGUUCAGAGGACAGACGAGGUGCCGUCGGAGGACGGCGACCGCAAAUUGCCGGAGGACGACCUGGAGGAGAUCGGCAGGAAGUUGUCGGUCCAGGAGGAGGAGCUCCUGAGUCUGGCCCAACCGAGCGAGGAAGACAUGGACCGGCUCUGGCAAGACCUGGAGGUGCUGAAGCUGCGGAUCCUGACAGUGGUUCAGGAGAGCUUGACCUCUGAUGACCUCGGAGGCCGUCUGACCGACGCCGUGGCCGCCAUGCGGCUUCAGGAGCAACUGGACCGGCGCUGGGCGGGCGGCGGCCCACCGUGGCGACCUCUCAAAUGUUUGGGCUCUCACAAUGCUCUUCUGGCCGACGUGGUCGAGUCCAGGCUGGAGGAAGCCGCCCGAGACGGCGACCGGGACGGGGUCGGCGGCCUUUCCUCACCUGUCAAGAGGCGGGUGUGCGGCAUGGGCAAGCGCGUGAAGGCGGACCUCCUGCGCUGCGUGCGCGUUCUUCAGCCGCGUUACGAGCCUCACCUGGACCUGCUCAACGUUUACGCCGGUUUGUGUCAUCGUUCCUUCUCUGCCCGACUGAGCCGCAUGAUCCGAGACGGACUUGAAGCGGACGACUGCCCCUACCUGCUCUUCUGGGUCAACACCUUCUACCCGCAGGAAAUCCUUGAGCACGAAGAACUGCGCGGGAAGUUGAAGACGGGGUGCCUGGGUGCUUUGCUCCAGCAGGAUCAACGACGGCAGCUGGAGGAGCUCUUCAUGAACAACAAGGAGGAGCGGAUCUCCGAGUGGUUGCUUAAAGCCCUGCAGAGAGAAGAAGAAAAGUGGACCGGCGCCAACAUGCCAGAAGUCAUGGAUGACUUCUUCUUCUGCCCGCUGGCCAUCGACGUCAUUCAGGUGAUAGACGGAUCCCUCGCGGACUUGAGUGCCGUCCUCGGGGACGACGGCGCCAAAUCUCACAAGAUCGCGACUCACCUGGAGCGCUUCCUCCUCAGGUACAAGAAGAGCGUGGAGAAGUUGUCGCAGAGAAAAGACGAGCGUGCGGCAGCGUGGAUGAAGGCUCACGUGGCUUGCGAGGAACAACUCAGAGAUUACAUCACCGGUCAACUGGCGAGUCACGGCCAUCGCUGUGAGGCCAUCUUGGAUACGCUGCGGGAUUUCGCCUACUCUACUUUUACUCGUCCCAUCCACGGGGAGCUCAAGGUGCAUUACAAGCAGUUAUGGACGGCGGGCUGGCUGGACGGUUCAUUGUCGGUCAUGGACUCGCUGCUGGAUUCUUUGUUCCAACUCUUCAGGCUUCAUCUGAGCGGCCUCAAGGCUUCCUGCAGACACAGCUUAGCGGCUACGUUCCGGCGCCAGUUGCUGUCGGAGUACCUGAGGAGAAUGUCAAGGGGGCGUUUGAAGAGCGACGAGGAGCGGGCGGGCGCGGCCGAGAGGAUGGCGGAGGACGCCGAUAAGAUGGACGACUUCUUCUAUGCGGCGGCGGGCUGCGGCGAACGCUUCGGACCGAUGCUCCGCCACCUGGCCGACGCGCUUCGCCCGCACCGUCCGGGAAGCUUCCGUCAAGAAAUGGUCGCCUUCGCCGGGAAGUUCCCGAACUUCAGUGAGCCGGCGUUGUCGGCGCUGCUCGCCAUCAAGUCGGACGUCUCGGCGGCUGACGUUGGCGCCAUCAGGCGCGCGGUGGAGGAGGAGCUAGCUUCCGCCGGCGCUCUUAUAGGUCAGAACCACGGCUAGUUCUUGCCUUCCGAUUUGAUAGCACGAAACAUUUGUGAUGGAUGGAUGGCUUUUUAUUCGUAUCCUUGAAGGCAUUGUGCAAAAUUGAUGAGGUCCAAUCGAUAAAGUGUGUGUGCAAUAAACACUUGAGGGAUUUCACAGAC